AUGAUGUUCUUGACAAUAGAUACCGUGAGCAGCCUUCUGCUGGCAAUUGUCGCGUACGCGGCAAUCAGAAUUGGAAUAUCACUGACUUACCCUCUCCCGGUGUCCGUGAAUGGGAGUUCUGGCGUAAGCACCGAGAGAGCUAUGGAAGUCGAGGUUCAUCGUUUCUUGCUUCGAGUUCUCGACAAACCUGCUGAAUUCAUAAGCCAUAUUAGAACCGAGGCUGGAGCAAUAAUUCUGAAGAUGGCCUACGGUUACACUAUCGAGCCACAUGGAAAAGACCCACUCGUCGAUAUAGCGGAUCAGGCCCUUUACCAAUUCUCGGCCGCUACUGUCCCCGGUGCCUGGUUGGUCGACACGAUCCCGGUUUUAAGAUAUCUCCCCAAAUGGGUGCCCGGAGCCGGGUUCCAAAAUUUAGCAAUCAAGUGGAAAGCAACGCUGUCGGAACUUGGCGAGAGGCCGAUGCAAUUCGUCAGAAAGAAGAUGAAAGAGCAACACUUCGAUCCAUCUUAUGUGUCCGCGCUCUACGAAAAAGCCGAUGGGAAAAUGAGUGCCGAGGAAGAAUACGUUCUGAAAUGGAGCGCUGCGUCUUUGUACACCGGAGGAGCUGACACAUCGGUCAGCUCAAUAUCUACUUUCUUCCUCGCUAUGGUACUGCACCCUGGAGUGCAGCAAAAAGCAUGGGAAGAGAUCGAUCGAGUCGUCGGAGGCGAUCGUCUUCCAACAUUGAAUGACCGCGAAAAUCUCCCGUACGUGGAGGCCGUUCUGAAGGAGGUGUUCCGAUGGCAUCCACUUGUACCCAUGGGUCUCCCACACCUGGUCACUCAGGACGAUGUUUUUGAAGGCUACUUGAUCCCCAAGGGUGCCAUCAUAAUUCCGAAUAUAUGGUGGUUCGCGCAUGAUCCAGCCGUAUACCCCAAUCCGGAAGUCUUCGACCCUUCACGAUUCCUGGGGUCCAAUCCUGCACCAGACCCGUACGAUUACGCCUUCGGAUUUGGCCGGCGGACCUGCCCUGGGAAGCAGCUUGGAGACUCGUCCGUGUGGCUGACACUUGCUCGUUCAUUGGCCGUAUUACACAUCUCAAAGAGUCUAGAUGACUCGGGCAACGAGAUUGAGCCGGCGGUUAGCUUCGAGCCAGGCGUCAUCAGUCACCCCACUCCAUUCAAGGCAAAUAUCAAGCCAAGGAGCCCCGAACACGAGAAGCUGAUACGGCAGAUUGAGAAGACGCACCCGUGGGAGAAGAGCAGUGCGAGCGAGCUUGACCCUAUAGUUGUUUGA